AUGAAGAAGUCAAAGAAGAAGCUUUCGACCGGGACGUUACUGGGACGGUAUCGGGAUCCCUUGAGACCCGGUAGUCUGGGUGGUCUUACGCGAUUCGCAAAGGCCAAUAAGAUCUCGGUACGACGUGCUCGCGAGAUCUUGCAACGGGAUUUGGGGUACACGUUGCACAAACCCAGACGUCGUCGAUUUCCAACGGUACCCGUCGUGGUGUUCGGAAUCGACGAGCAGUGGACGGCCGACUUGAUCGAGGUGAUCAGUAUCGCCAAGUACAAUCGAGGGUAUCGUUAUCUCUUGACUGGGGUGGACGUUUUUUCCAAGCACGCCUGGGUCCAACCCUUGAAAAGCAAGACGGGCAAAGCGGUGACGGAAGCCAUGGCUAAGAUCUUGGAAGGAGGUAGAAAACCUAUCAAUUUUCAGACGGACGACGGGAAGGAAUUCUACAACAAGACGUUUCAGGAUUUGAUGAAACAGAAGGGCAUUCAUCAUUUUUCGACCCGUGGGGAUACGAAAGCCAGUGUGGUGGAACGGUUCAAUCGGACCUCGAAAGAACGUUUGUACCGGUACUUCACAGUACAGAAUACGCUGAACUUUGUUCCCGUGUUACAAGAUCUGGUCAAGGAGUACAAUCGAUCGUAUCAUCGUAGUAUCAAGAUGGCUCCCGAUCAAGUGACUUUGGCCAAAAACGAGGACGUGUGGGAGACUCUUUACGGUAAAAAAAGGGGAAAAUUCAAGAAACCUCAACUCAAAGUCGGGGAUCGUGUGAGACUGAAAAAGAAGUUCAGGCAGUUCAAGAAAGGGUAUUUACCCGGUUGGACCGAAGAGGUGUUUGUGAUACGUAGUGUGCGUUCUGGCAAGAUUCCCACGUAUAAGGUGGAAGAAUGGGAUGGCACGUCGGUCGAUGGAACGUUUUACGCGCAAGAUUUGCAGAAAGUGACCGUGGAAGACGACGAUCUGUUCCGUGUCGAAAAGAUAGUCAAACGAAAAGGGGAUAAAGUCUUGGUACGUUGGAAAGGUUGGCCAGUCAAGUACGACAGUUGGUUGGAUAAAAAAGACGUGCUCGUGAAAAAAGACAGAAAAUGA